AUGCGGAGUGCCUUGAACCAACAUGAUGAGGUGAUGCGACGACUCGAGGGCAGGUUGGCUGGGUAUCGCAACCGAGAGCGACUCGCGCAGAACGGCGGCGAACCGUUGAGACCGUCCGACAGGGCCGGCCUUGAUUCACUUCAGAGACGUCUACCGCAUUUGCAUGAGCUUUCACAAGAACUUCAUACCGUGGCGGAGCGGAUGUUGGCGGAGCGUCAAGAAGAUGCGGAGGCCCGGGAGAGGUUUUGGAGAAUUAAUCCGUCCGUUCUACACAUCACAUACCUGAUAUUCUAA